AUGAGCGACUACGAACACUACGCCAUGACGGCUGCGUCUUCUCGCACGUACUGGAACGCUGGUAUGGUCAAUCGCGCUCACGGCAAUGGCAAAAUUUCUGGCGUGUUCGUCUUCAACACAGAAAGCAUGAAAAUCACGAGACGCAUCUUCGUCACUUUUGUCGCCAGGAUAUACACCGUUCACCCCCGAGUCUGGCCAGACCUCUUCAUACACAAGAGAUACUGGACUUAUGGCUUCUGGGUGAUAGGAAAGUUCGCCAAAACUCAGGAUACGGCGAAUAUCAACCUCAUUCUGGUGAACGACUGCGGUAUAUAUGUGGAAUCGAAGAGUAAGAAACUUGGCCCGGAUGUCUAUAUCGGUCUCUGCCGUUUCACUCUGGCAUGGUCGAGCUCUCGCGCCUAUGUUGUUGGGAGCGCAUGGUUUGAGAUGGCUGAGUUGCUGAGGGCGCUUGUACUCCAGAAGGAAGCACAUCGGUUCCCAGAACGUUUGUUGCAGGUGUUGCAAGGCAAGAACCAUAUCUUCUUUGUGGUACCGUCUUCCACAACAUGUUUAGUGCCUCGAGACAAGGACACCCAUGCAUCUCCGUCUGCCGUAAUUACCGCUGAAUCAACAAUACAUCAGCGACGACAAUACCACUGUAUCUCGUAUGGGUCUACGUCGACGGCCGAGAGGACGUGUGUCGCCUCUACAAGGCUUAUAUACGGACAGACUCAGCUACAGCUUGGUAUCUCGUCCGACUUCUGCAACGUUAUCUUCUUGCUUCUGGGUCUUGUGUCGACUUCAGGGAAAGAAGAAGAAGAAGAAGAAGAAGAAGAAGUAGAAGAAAAGGCAGAAGGAAUUUCGACAAGACUGCUUAUACGAGAGUUACGCGGAGUCCUGAAUGAUUCCAGCAAUGUUGGACUUUGGCACUUUGCUACAGUACUAACCAGCCUCUGA